AUCGGUUGGCUUGCACGAGUUGACUUGCAGAGAGCCCAGCUGGAAUGAUACAAAGUGUGACGGUGUACUGAAAGAUGACCUUUGACCUUCCAGUAGAACGCCAGGGGACCAGCGUGCCCCCAUCCCCAUCCACAUCGCCAUCUCCAGGGCAUGGCAGUACGCUUGACACCGUGGAUAUAGUGGUGCUGGUAAUCUAUUUUCUACUGGUGCUGGGAGUCGGCCUAUGGUCCAUGUGGAGGACAAAGCGCAGCACGGUGGAUGGAUACUUCUUAGCCGGGAAGAACAUGACCUGGUGGCCGGUGGGUGCUUCGCUGUUCGCCAGUAACAUUGGCAGUGGACAUUUCAUCGGCCUGGCAGGGUCAGGAGCCGCAGCGGGAAUUGGUGCCAUUGCAUACGAGUGGAAUGGUAUGAUGAUGGUACUGCUGCUGGGAUGGCUCUUCCUACCCAUUUAUAUUGCCUCUGGUGUGACAACGAUGCCAGAGUAUCUGCAGAGGCGGUUUGGUGGUAGAAGAACUCAGUUGUUUAUUGCCAUCCUUUCCUUAUUUAUUUACAUCUUUACAAAAAUAUCGGUGGACAUGUAUGCAGGUGCCCUGUUCAUUCAGCUCGCCUUACAAUGGAACAUCUACCUGGCUGUGGUGCUGCUGCUGUUAGUCACUGCUAUCUAUACUGUAGCAGGUGGUCUGGCUGCAGUUAUCUAUACAGAUGCAGCUCAGACUGCUAUCAUGCUGGCAGGAGCUCUGACCCUCAUGGGCUUCAGUUUUGUGGAGGUUGGAGGCUGGAAUGCUUUCAUGGAGGGUUACGGCAACGCCAUCCCAUCAAUUCGUGUACCCAACUCGACCUGUGGCAUCCCCCGAGAAGAUGCUUUCCACAUAUUCAGAGAUCCGGUGACUUCUGACCUCCCCUGGCCUGGUGUUAUUGUCGGCAUGUCCAUCCCCUCCAUGUGGUACUGGUGCUCUGAUCAGGUCAUUGUGCAGCGCUCUCUGGCUGCCAAGACCCUGACCCAUGCAAAAGGAGGCUCCCUGCUGGCUGCGUACCUCAAAGUUCUGCCCUUCUUUGCCAUCAUGAUCCCCGGCAUGAUCAGCAGGAUACUUUACACAGACGAAGUGGCUUGUGCAGAACCUGAGGUGUGCAGAGAGAUUUGUGGCAAUCCAGUGGGGUGUUCAGACAUCGCUUAUGCCAAACUGGUCAUGGAGCUUCUUCCUGCAGGACUGCGGGGCUUGAUGAUGGCUGUGAUGAUUGCUGCUCUCAUGUCUUCGCUGACCUCCAUCUUUAACAGUGCCAGCACCAUUUUUACCAUGGACUUGUGGAAGAGUUUCAGAUCCCGUGCUUCUGAAUGGGAGCUCAUGAUUGUGGGCAGAGUGUUUGUGCUUGUGUUGGUUGUGGUGUCUGUUUUGUGGAUUCCAGUCGUCCAGGCCAGUCAGGGUGGCCAGCUCUUCAUCUACAUCCAGUCCAUCAGCACUUACCUCCAGCCCCCCGUCUCCAUCAUCUUCCUCAUGGGCUGCUUUUGGAAGAGGACCAAUGAGAAGGGUGCUUUCUGGGGCCUGGCUAUUGGCCUUGUGGUCGGGUGUAUUCGUAUGUUACUGGACUUCAUCUACCCUGCUCCACUGUGCUAUGAAGAGGACGACAGACCUGCAGUGUUAAAAUAUGUUCAUUACCUCUACUUCUCCAUGUUGCUGUCCUUCAUUACCCUCGUUGUGGUGGUUGUAGUGAGCUUGGCUACAGAGGAGCCAAAACCAGAGCAGAUUAGUCGACUCACAUGGUUCACAAGACUCGACCCAGUGAAGCCUCGAGAGCAGGUGUUUGCAUCAGAGCAAAGCAGCACAACAUUAGAUGUAAUUGCUAUUCAGACUGAUGAUGUGGGAGCCACUGGGAGAGAGGUGGGAAGCAGCAAUGGAAACGCGUGUCAUCACAGGAAAGAUUCAGCAUCGUCUGCCAGCAGUGUACGCAGUCAGUCCAAGCUGAUGUCUGCCCUCUACUGGCUGUGUGGGAUGGAGAGACGGAACAAGGAAGCUGAUCCCGCUCCGCUUCCUGCACCUGAACAAACGAUCUGUUCUCUGGAGGAAAAGCCUCGUCUACAACUCAUUGUUAAUGCAAACCUCAUCAUUUGCCUCUCUGUAACCGCCUUUAUCAUUGGUUACUGGGCUUGAUGGGCAGUAAAUGGACAAAGAAUGGGCUGCAUGAAAGACUGUAGAGAUUUGAAUGUUUUAUUUUUUCACUCUUUGUAAAGUUUUAUCUUAAAAAUUAUAAAAAUGUGGUUGACUUUUUGUAAUACGAAUCAUAUAAAAAUGUCAUGUCAAUUGUUGCUUAAAAAAAACAACAACAAAAAAAACCCCUCAAGUAA